GCGCUAUGUUUAGCUGCUGUUGGUGACCUUUUGCGGCUGCUUCGUACGCUGCCAGGCCCUGUGCAAGAGCUGCCAGGCACCUGGCUCCUGUCCGUCUCUGAGGCAAGAGCCAGUUUGUUUCGGGAUCCUUGAACCCCAGCUACAUCAGCACCGACUUCGCUCAAGAUGGCACCAGCAGUCGGAGGCCCCCAGGGAUACACACCACCGGAGGGAGGAUGGGGUUGGGCUGUGGUCAUCGGUGCCUUCAUCUCCAUCGGGUUCUCCUACGCCUUUCCCAAAUCCAUCACAGUGUUCUUCAAAGAGAUCGAGGUCAUCUUCAACGCAUCGAGCAGCAAAGUCUCCUGGAUUUCUUCCAUCAUGUUGGCUGUUAUGUAUGGAGGAGGUCCCAUCAGCAGCAUCCUGGUGAACAAAUACGGCAGUCGGCCCAUCAUGAUUGCUGGGGGGUGCCUGUCGGGCUGCGGCUUGAUCGCCGCGUCCUUCUGUAACACGGUGGAGGAGCUGUAUUUCUGCGUGGGGGUUGUUGGAGGUCUUGGGCUGGCUUUCAACUUGAACCCAGCCUUGACCAUGAUCGGCAAGUACUUCUUUAAGAAGCGCCCGUUGGCUAAUGGUCUCGCUAUGGCAGGGAGCCCUGUGUUCUUGUCUACGUUGGCACCUGUGAACCAAAUCUUCUUCGGUAUCUUUGGCUGGAGGGGAAGCUUUUUAAUUCUCGGCGGCCUUCUGCUGAACUGCUGUGUGGCCGGAUCUCUGAUGCGACCGAUAGGCCCCAAACCCAAUCAGGUGAAGAAAGAGGUCACUAAAGAAGCAUUGCAGGAGGCCGGGAAAGCUGGUCUGAAAAAAGAGGAAGGAUCUGGUGAUGCCAGUGCAGACCUGAUUGCGGGAAAGGCCAAGAAGGAGAAGCUCACGGUUUUCCAGACCGUCAACAAGUUCCUGGACUUGUCCCUGUUCACCCACAGAGGGUUCUUGCUCUACCUGUCGGGCAACGUUAUCAUGUUCUUCGGCCUGUUCACUCCCUUGGUCUUCCUCAGCAACUACGCCAAGAGCAAGCACAUCGCGAACGAGUCGGCUGCCUUCCUGCUCUCCAUUCUGGCCUUUGUAGACAUGGUGGCCAGGCCUUCCAUGGGCCUGGUGGCCAACACCAAGUGGAUCAGGCCCAGGGUGCAGUACUUCUUUGCUAUCUCUGUGAUCUACAACGGCGUGUGCCACCUCCUGGCUCCCUUAUCCACCUCCUACGCCGGGUUCUGCAUCUACGCAGGGUUCUUCGGAUUUGCUUUCGGCUGGCUCAGCUCUGUCUUGUUUGAGACGCUGAUGGACCUGGUGGGCACGCAGAGGUUCUCCAGCGCUGUCGGGCUGGUGACGAUCGUGGAGUGCUGCCCCGUGCUCCUGGGACCCCCUCUCCUAGGAAAACUCAAUGACAUAUAUGGUGACUACAAAUACACCUACUGGGCCUGUGGCAUCAUCCUGAUAGUCUCUGGGAUCUACCUCUUUGUGGGAAUGGGAAUCAACUACCGGCUGCUGGCGAAGGAGCAGAAGGCAGAGGAUAAGCUGAAGAAGGAAGGGAAGGAGGAGGAGACCAACCUGGACGAGGUGGAGAAGCAGAAGGAGGCAAACAACGAUGUGGCCACCCUGCCACAGAAGAGCAUGGAGGACGGGGAAACGCACCGCACUGGGAGGAACCGAAGUCAGGAGAAACAUUCAAACCCCAGCUUCCCAAAGCGAACAUGAUGGUCUAAAACACCAAAAGAGUGUUUUGUUCAAGUGCCGGCUGCCAGAGCGCCAGUGAGGGGCAAACGUACACCUCCGGCUGCUGUGCCUUUCUUUUUACAAUUGUCUCAACUGCAGAAGGAGGUUGGUGGCGUGCAAGCCCAAGUGGAUCCGGUCCACACAUGGUGACUUGUAAAUGGCUUUUCCUAAAGCCUAAAUCUCUGAUUUUUUUUUUUUUUAGGAAAAAGAUCGCAUCUCAAAUUGUACACUAAAUAGGUAGGCUCCUGAUCUAACAAAAUCAUCUCCAUAAUCUACCCUGGGAAACCCUCCAGAGCUUCCCCUCUGCAUUGCUGUAGAAGCCUUUACUUUAUCAACUUUCAUGACAGAGACUUUGAGCUAUAUUUUUGCUGAGCAACAGAGUUUGCACAACUGAGGAGUCUAGGCAAAUAUUGCUAGGUUUUGAGAGUAGGAGUGAAGCCGAAUCCAGGUGUUUGCAUAGAUUUCUGUUUUCACUGCAAGUGACCUUCCCGUUCCCGGGAGCCUGUGACAGUAUUUCCCAAUGCACUGUGAAGUCCUCGACUCCUGUUUUUUUUGGCUGCUGACUUAGUGAGUUACGGGGGAUUUUUAUUUUUUAAUUGCAGUCUACUCUAAAUCUUACAAAAGGAACCGGUCAGGGUAUUUUCAUACCGUAGAGUAACUUUAUGAAGCCAAUAGAGUAUUUUGUACAAACAGAGUUUAUUGUACUGUACUGUACUGAGCUGUGGCAUUGU